AUGUCGGUAUUACCACCACUAAAUAGUACUUUUCAAGGUAAUCAUCCCACUGGAAAACCUACAAAAUUAGAUAAUAUACAUAAAUUGUCAUUAAAUAAUCAACUACCCGACAUUGAAUCUAACAAUACAUCAUCAUUACCAAUAACACCGAUAUCCAUGGAUAUGCCAAUCUCAUCAACAGAUUCACUAUACAAAUCACUUCCAAUAUCCCCACAGCCGUCAAAAGUACAACCAACAUCAUUAGAUUCAAGCAACGAUUUUUCACCAAAUCUUACAUCAAAUGCAUUAGAUGGAUUGAGAAGAUAUUUCAACCACGAUAUAACAGGUGAUGACGAAGAAGAAUUGGAUGAAACGGGGAGUAUAAUUUCAGAAGUCUAUAGUCUUUUAACACCUGACUUGGCAUCAGACAAAAAUCAAUAUACACAACAAUAUCUACAACAACAAAAACAAAAGCAAAUUGCAGAUACUGCAUCAUACAUCAGUGAUGUAAAACAAACCUUACCAUCAAUAACAUCAACAAAAGAAUCAUCUCAAUCUAUACUCUCAUCUUUUUUAUCAAACGAAAUCUUUUAUGCACAAAAUCUUAUAAACUUACCACAACAUUUCAUAAACCAAGAAUUUGAAUCCUUCAGUCAUGAUUUGAUUUUACAUCCACAAAUACCUUCCCCAAAAUAUCAUGAAAAAAUAAUAAAUAUUUUAGAUCAAUUAUAUGAAUCAUCAAUAGAAUUAGUGUCAACAAUUACCAUGUUUAAUUGCUUGUUGAAAAAAAUCAAUGUGCACGAUACAAGUUUGAACAACUUAAAAUUAAUCAAAAAGCAAUUCAACAACUUAAUACACAAUCAUUUGAGUCAUGAUGUGCACUACAUUUUGGACAAAAUAAUAGAUGGAUUAUACGAGUACAAUUUAAUGAUUGAAGAAUUCAAUGAAAAAGAUAAAAAGGAUAAUAAAAUUUCAGAUACUAAGACUGAUGAAGCAAAACAAAGCUAUGCUACUAUUAAUGAUUAUUAUUCUGAGAUCGAAACUGUAUUAACUUUAAAGAAUUCAAAAUUAACUACACAAGAUUGUGAGAAAUUUCAUACUUUGUUAAAUGAUGAAAUUUUAAGUAACAAAAAUUGGAAUAACUAUAUUAAUCACUUGAGAUCAAUUGUUUGA